ACUAAACAGAAAUGAUUGUCUUUUUCGCCCUUAACCACAAAAGGGUCGAUAAAUACCACUUCCCAAAAAUCUAAGCAAAACCUGGGCGGUCCGAUCAAUUUCCACUCUUAGUUGUGGCAGCAAGGAGUCAGUGAGGAGAGGGCGAAGCCAUUCCGGGCCUGAUCGUAGGUUUUCCACCUAUUGCAGUUAGCGUGUAAAGGUUCUAGGGUUUCUGGUCGCCUUGCCAUAGGCUUCGGUUUCGUAUUUCGCCGGAAAUGGCUGGGAAUCACGUCAUCUCAGACGACGAAGACGAGGUUGGAGUUGAGGAAGAGGAGCGCGACGAGGAGCCCGCGGACGGGGAAGAUCUGGAGGAGGAGCGCGAAGAGGUCGAGGAAGAAGAGGACGAAGAAGAGGACGAAGAUGAUGAAGGGCAAGACGAGUUUGAAAAGGAUGGAUUUAUUGUAGACGAAGAUGAGGAGGAGGAGGAAGAUAGAGCAGACAGCGACGAAGAGAGACACAAGAAGAAGAAAAGAAAGAAAAGGGAGUCUGAGAGGAAUUAUGAACUUGAUGCUGAAGAUUAUGAACUUCUGCAAGAGAGCAAUAUACCUGUCAAUCGUCCAAAACUGGGGAGCAAAAAAUUCAAGCGGCUGAAAAAAGCUCAACGGGAUACAGAAGAAGGGCGUUCUGGUUUUUCUGAAGAGGAGGAAUUUGAUGACUCUGGCAAGGGAGGGCGUUCAGCUGAGGAGAAGCUUAAGCACACUCUAUUUGGUGACGAUGAUGUACAACCACUUGAAGAUAUUGCUGAGGAAGAGCAACCAGAGGAAGAUGAGGAGGAUGCAGAUAUGGGUGAAGAAGAUGAAAUGGCCGACUUUAUUGUUCACGAAGACGAGGAUGGUGCUCCUAUGAGACGGAAGAAAAUGAAUAAAAAGAAAUCCAGACAGGCACCCGGGGUUUCAUCUUCUGCACUUCAGGAAGCUCAUGACAUAUUUGGUGAUGUUGAUGAGCUCUUAAGGCUUCGCAAGCAAGGUUUGUCAAAAAUGGGUCAUUAUGAUGAAGCUAGCGAAUGGAGGGAAAGGCGGCUUGAGCAUGAAUUUGAGCCUAUUAUCCUUUCUGAAAAAUACAUGACUGAGGAGGAUGAGAGGAUUCGUGAAAUUGAUAUCCCAGAAAGAAUGCAGUUAUCUGAGGCAAGCACUGGUUCACCUACGGAUGAGAUGGAUAUAAGUGAAGAGACUAACUGGAUAUAUAACCAACUUCGCUUGGUAUCCCCUUUCAACAAGAGAGCCACAGGGUCAAGUGAAGAAGGAAAUGAGCUUCCAAUUGACAAGGAUGAUAUUAUGAGAUUUUUGGAUCUAAUGCAUGUUCAAAAAUUGGACCUACCAUUUAUUGCUAUGUAUCGGAAGGAGGAGUGCAUGACCUUGCUGAAGGAUCCAGACCAGGGUGAAGUUGACAAUUUUGAGAACGCGUUUGACAAAAAACCAGUGCUGAAGUGGCACAAGGUGCUUUGGGCAAUUAUGGAUUUAGACAGAAAGUGGCUUCUUCUUCAAAAGCGAAAGACUGCCCUCCAGUCAUAUUAUAGCAAACGCUUUGAAGAGGAGUCUCGCAGGGUGUAUGAUGAAACAAGGCUGAAUCUGAACAAACAGCUUUUUGAAUCGAUUUGCAAAUCACUUAAAGCAGCUGGGUCAGAAAGAGAAGUUGAUGAUGUUGAUUUAAAGUUUAACCUACACUUUCCACCUGGUGAAAUUGGUGUAGAUGAAGGUCAAUUUAAGAGGCCAGCAAGGAAAUCAGACUAUAGUUAUUACAGCAAGGCUGGGUUGUGGGAAGUUGCAAAUAAGUUCGGUUACAACUCUGAGCAAUUUGGGCUGCUGAUAUCUCUGGAAAAAAAUAGAAUGGAUGAGUUGGAAGACCCAAAGGAAACACCAGAGGAGAUGGCUUCAAACUUCACCUGUAGGAUGCUACAAUCACCACAAGAAGUUCUCAAGGGUGCUAGGCACAUGGCAGCAGUUGAGAUUAACUGUGAACCCAGUGUCCGGAAAUAUGUCCGUUCUGUAUAUAUGAUGGAUGCUGUAGUAUCUACAUCCCCUACUCCGGAAGGGAAUACAGCUAUUGAUCUUUUUCAUCAAUUUGCAAGGGUGAAGUGGCUCAAGGACAAGCCACUUUCGAAAUUUGAUGAUGCAGAAUGGCUUCUCAUACAGAAGGCUGAAGAGGAGAAGCUCUUGCAAGUUACUAUAAAGCUGCCAGCUUUACCCCUUGAGAAGCUUUGUUCAGAAGCCAGUGAAAAUUACCUUAGUGAAUGUGUUAGUAAAUCUGCUCAGUUGUGGAAUGAACAAAGGAAGUUGAUACUUGAAGAUGCAAUCCACAAUAUGCUUUUACCAUCAAUGGCUAAAGAAGCACGUUUGAUGUUGUCAAGCAGAGCAAAGAAUUGGCUACUUUCAGAAUACGGUCAGCUUUUAUGGAACAAAGUAUCUGUUGGUCCAGUUCCGCGAAGAGAAAAUGGUGGUAGCCCCUCAGAUGAGGAUGCAUCACCAAGGGUUAUGGCUUGCUGUUGGGGGCCUGGAAAGCCAGCAACCACUUUUGUGAUGUUGGAUUCAUUUGGAGAAGUUUUAGAUAUCUUGUAUGCAGGGUGUCUCAGCCUUCGUGGUAUGAAUGUUAAUGAUGAGCAGAGAAAGAAAAAUGACCAGCAAAGGCUUUUAAAGUUUAUGAUAGAUCACCAACCUCACGUGGUUGUUUUAGGAGCUGUAAAUUUGUCUUGUACACGUUUGAAGGAGGAUAUUUUCGAGAUUAUUUUUAAGAUGAUUGAGGAUAAUCCGAGAGAAGUUGGUCAUGAGAUGGAUAAUUUAAACAUUGUCUAUGGAGAUGAGUCCCUUCCCCAUCUCUACGAGAACUCACGAAUUUCUUCUGACCAGCUUCCUGCUCAGCCCGGUAUUGUGAGGCGCGCCGUGGCUCUUGGGCGUUACCGUCAAAACCCUUUAGCAAUGGUUGCUUCGCUUUGUGGGCCAGGGAGGGAGAUCCUAUCCUGGAAGCUAAGUUCAAUGGAAAACUUUCUCACUCCUGAUGAGAAGUAUGGAAUGGUUGAACAAAUCAUGGUCGAUGCUACUAACCAAGUUGGCCUAGAUCUUAAUUUGGCUAUAAGUCAUGAGUGGUUAUUUGCUCCUCUUCAAUUUGUAUCUGGGCUUGGACCCAGAAAGGCAGCCUCACUUCAAAGAUCUUUGGUCAGACAACAAACGAUAUUCAUCAGAAAGGACCUGUUGACGGAACAGUACCUUGGUAAGAAGGUGUUCAUCAACGCAGUUGGUUUCCUGAGAGUCCGGCGAAGUGGGUAUGCAUCUAACAGUAAUACAUAUAUUGACUUGCUGGAUGAUACAAGGAUACAUCCAGAAUCUUACAGUCUUGCACAUGAAUUGGCCAAAGAUGUGUAUCUCAAAGAUAUUGGCGAAGAUAAAGCUGACGAUGAUGAAGUGCUGGAAGCGGCUAUCGAGCAUGUAAGGGAGAAUCCCAAAUUACUAAGAAGUGUUGACCCUUAUAAAUAUGCAGAUGCUAAGCAGAGAGUUAGUAAAAAGGAAACCCUGAAUGAUAUAAGACUUGAGCUGAUGGAAGGAUUUCAGGAUUGGCGAAUACAAUAUACACCGCCCAGCCAAGAUGAUGAGUUUUACAUGAUUUGUGGGGAGACCGAGGAAACAUUGUUCGAAGGAAUAACAGUACAAGCAACUAUUCGCAGGGUCCAACCUCAGAAAGCUAUAUGUUCCCUUGAAAAUGGUUUGACCGGCAUACUCAUGAAGGAAGACUCGCCGGAUGCUUGGAAGGAUAUAGAUGACUUGACAGAAAAGUUGCGUGCAGGCGAAGCAUUGACAUGUAGAAUCAAGUCAAUCAAUAAGAAUAGAUACCAGGUGUUUCUGAGUUGCAAAGAGAAUGAUAUGAGAGGUUACCGCUUCCUUAAUAAUAGGUACAUGAGUGAUUUCUACUGUGAAAAUCACAGCAGCUUAGAGAAUAUACAAGAAAAAGCUCGCAAAGAGAAGGAGCUCACAAAGAAGCAUUUUAAGCCAAGGAUGAUUGUCCAUCCGCGUUUUCAAAACAUAACAGCAGAUCAAGCAAUGGAGUUUCUAUCUGCCAAAGAACCUGGUGAAAGUAUCAUACGCCCUAGUUCCCGUGGUCCCUCUUUCUUAACUUUAACACUCAAAGUUUAUGACGGUGUUUAUGCUCACAAGGAUAUAGUGGAAGGUGGAAAGGAACACAAGGAUAUUACAAGCCUGCUCCGCAUAGGAAAGACUCUGAAAAUUGGGGAUGACACAUUUGAGGAUUUAGACGAGGUAAUGGACCGUUACGUUGAUCCAUUGGUUGCUCAUCUGAAGGCAAUGCUGAACUAUCGAAAGUUCAGGAAGGGCACUAAAGCAGAAGUUGAUGAACUACUACGCAUUGAAAAAUCUGAGAACCCAAUGAGGAUUGUCUAUUCUUUUGGUAUAUCUCACGAACAUCCAGGCACUUUCAUUCUCACUUAUAUUAGAAGUUCCAACCCACACCAUGAAUAUGUGGGUAUGUAUCCCAAGGGGUUCAAGUUCAGAAAGAGAAUGUUUGAGGAUAUUGACCGUCUUGUGGCAUAUUUUCAAAGACAUAUUAAUGAUCCACCAGACUCUGCACCAUCAAUACGAUCAGUUGCUGCAAUGGUCCCGAUGCGAAGCCCUGCCAAUGGCGGUGGCUGGGGUGGUGGUUCAUCAAAUGACGAGAGGGGUGGCGGUUAUAGACAUGGAGGUCGGGGUGAUAGAAAUGGGGGCGGUCAGGAUGGAUUGCCGCCAAGACCUUUCGGUGGGCGAGGAAGAGGCCGAGGCCGUGGCCGUGGCCGAGGAUCUUAUGAUAAUAACAGAGGAAACAAUGACGGGCAAGAUUCAGAUUAUGGCUCCCAUAGAUGGGGUGGUUCCAAAGACGGUGGUGAUAAUGGAGGUGGAAGUGGAGCAUGGGGAGGAGGGAAUACAUCUGAUGUCGGAGGAGGUGGCUGGAGCAGCAACAGUGGUGGAGGGGGAGGCGGCGGCUGGGGCAGUGAUGCAGGCAGUGGCGGCGGUGCAGAUGCUUCUGGCUGGGGCGGCAACAAAAAAGAUACCCCCGACUCACAAGUGGGUGGCAGUGGAUGGUCUGGAAACAAUGGCACCGGCAGUGCCUGGUAAAAAAACGAAAUGUACAAUGUUUUUCCUUUUUUUGUUAGUUCAUGUCACUGUGUCAGGUUAGCAAAUAUGGGCGAAUGUGUCUCCUAGUUUUCGAGGCAACGAUUGAAUUACUUGCCUGUAAUUGUUGCUGGACUUUUUUUAUUGACCUCUCCCUCCCCAUAUUACAUAACAGUCUACUGAUUUUUGAAAUUGAAUCCAUUGAGCUUUCAAACUUGAGUUCUCAAAAUUUUCAUUCCCAAUUAAAGAAAUGCCAAUACACAGAAGCUUGACACGUUGGC